CUGUUCAGAAGCCUCGUUUGUCACUGAGCCACUAGCGACGAAAUUCUCCAUUCUGUGCUUUGGAUAUUCCAGGGGCCAAACCCCGCUAGUUUGUCAGGGGAGACGGUGGAAAACUGCCGUUCCUUGGGCCUCCUAAAAGAACUCGAGACCAGCCACCAUCACAACAGCUUUGUUUGAGCGACACAACAACACACACCAAAUCUGGGCAAAACGGUCCCCUUGCUGAGACAGCCAAGAGGAGAACUACGUACACUCUCACACCACUCGAAACGAACACCAUGGCGGACGUGCCUCUGCUGGUCAUCUCGGAGUACGCUGCUUCCGAGCGUCGCAUCACGCCGUCGUGGACAAUCUUUCAGCUCAAGAGCAAGCUCGAGCCCGUCACGGGCAUCCCUCCUUCGUGCCAGAAGCUCAGUCUCAAGCAAUCGUCCGGGGCGGAAAAGAUCCCCGUCGAGGCAGCGGACGAGGAUGCCGUCCGCCUGUCCAGCUUUCCCCUGGCUCCGUAUGCAGAGCUGCAUGUCAUUGACACCCGCCCACCAACAGCCAGACCCAACUUCACCGAUACUUCAGGCGUGGACAAGUAUGUGAUGCCCGAUGAGGAGUACGAGAAGAAGACGGACUCUGUCCUAGCCUGGAAGAAGACGGAGAAACUUGGUCGAUUUGACCCUACAGCGCCAAGCCGCGAGGAGGCCAGGAUCAGGGCUCUCAAGGAGGAAAUAGCCCAGCGUGGCAUCGAGGUAGGGAAGAGAUGCCGCGUCGGUGGAGAGGACACUCGGCGAGGUGAGGUCAAGUACGUUGGUGACGUUGAGGAGAUUCCUAAUGGCGCUGGGCCGUGGGUGGGGGUUCAUCUGGACGAGCCUGUGGGGAAGAAUGACGGUAGCAUCGCGGGCAAGCGUUACUGGGGAGAGCCCUCUGAGCUAAAGCACGGCGUCUUUGUGAGGCCGGACAGGGUUGAAAUUGGGGAUUUCCCGGCCCUGGACGACUUGGAAGAUAUGGAAGAGAUCUAA